UAUGUUUGCAUUUUGUUAGGUUCAAUUUCCCAUUCCCAUCCCAUAUCGAUGUGUAACUUAAAUAUGUGAAGAGAAACGAGUGGCUCGUGGAGUAGUGGCUGAAGGGUGAGUAGCGGUAAACUCAGAACGCUUUGGGAAAUGGCAAGUUAUAAUCCGGGAUGGUUAGUUUUGGUUGGGAUUUUGGUGACGUUAAGUUUACCAUAUUCACAUGCCUUUUGGGGAAAUGAAAAUAAGAUACAUACUGCUGUUUUCCUGUCACCCAAGUUCGUGCUCGGACCAGGAUCCGUGGAAAAUAGGUUCUAUUUCAAUGUCGACUUUCCGAAAGGUCAUAUUGCCUUGAAAAGUUUCGAUGCAGAAGUAAUUGAUGAGACCGGGAAUCCUGUUCCACUGCACGAGACGUACCUGCAUCAUUGGGUUGUUGUUAGAUACUAUGUACGUAAAGGCGUGGAAAUAUCGAAGUUGGAUGACCUUAAAAAGGUUAACAGGUCGGACUAUAUUUCUGGGGGAAACAGUGGGAUUUGUCAGAAUGGAAUUCUUAGUCAGUUCUUUGGCCUCGGGUCUGAGACACGGAAAACUUCAACUCAUAUUCCCGAUCCAUAUGGAAUAGAAGUCGGUAAUCCUGCUGAAGUUCCUUCAGGGUUUGAGGAGCAAUGGAUGCUUAAUGUUCAUGCAAUUGAUACAAGGGGUGCGGAAGACAAGUUGGGAUGUACAGAAUGUCGUUGUGAUCUGUAUAAUGUUACGGACGAUGAAUAUGGAAGACCUUUGAGGCCAUACUAUAAAGGAGGAUUGUUAUGUUGUUACGAUCGUACCCAAUGCAAGGUGAAACAUGGGUUUGAGGCUGUUAGAAGAACCCUUUACCUUAGAUACACUGUGAAGUGGAUUGAUAUGGAUAGGUUCGUCUUGCCUGUUAAAAUUUAUAUAUUUGAUAUCACUGAUAGUUGGAAAAGGACCCCUAGUUCAACUGAGAUUAAUGCAGAGCACAAGUGCAAGAUUGAAUAUGAUAUUGAAUCUUGUGAUGCCACUGGAUUGGGCAAUGAUGGAUGCAUCGACACCAAAAGGAUAAGCCUUGACGUGCCGUUUGGUGGUUAUCUCAUAUACGGUGUUGCACACCAACAUUCAGGUGGCACUGGUUCUGCUCUCUAUAGAGAGUGUCUGUUUGAUUUUGGUGACUUUGAGGAUGGCCAACUUAUGUGUUCUUCAUUACCGACUUAUGGGAAAGGAGAAGAACCGGGAAACGAAGCUGGUUACAUUGUAGGAAUGACCACCUGCUAUCCUAAACCCGGAACUGUGGAGAUAUCUGAAGGGGAGACUUUGAUUUUGGAGUUCAAUUACAGUAGAAUCAGACAUCAUACUGGUGUCAUGGGGCUGUUCUACAUUUUGGUUGCGGAUGACUUGCCCAAGCCAAUGCAUACCUUGCGCACUGUUGUUCAAGACAGUAUUAUGGUGGUAACAGUCCUUUGGGCCGCGGUAGCUUUGAUUGGUGUGGUAGCUGUUAUCGCUCUUGCCGUUCAUUAUCAAUUUAAACGCGAGGGAGAAGAUGGCUAUGAAGCAAUUGGGAUGUGAAGGUGCUCCGAUGAGCUCCGCUCUGUAUUGCAUCCAAGAGUUCCAGUAACUUUGUUGUCAAAAUAGUGAUAUAUAUAUAUGUAUCAUAUAUAUUUUAGUUGUCAAAAUGGUUAAGAGUACAGCUGCAAGUCAGUUAGGCAGUUCAACUUGUUAGUAGGUUGUUACUAUUUGGCAUGUAAUCAACAAUAAUCAAAUCAUGAAUAAUACACUAAAAGAUUCAGAAUACAAGUAUUCAGUUUUUACCA